UUUUUUCAGAGGGCUCAGAAGUGAAGCACCAGAAUGAAAGACAUGGACAAUAUCAAAACUGUAAAGAAAGAAUGGAUGUGUAAAUCGGGAACCGAUGAUCAAAUUUUGAAUGGUACAGAACAAAACUGUGACUACUUUGUAGAUAACCUUUUUGAAGAAGCUCAGAAGGUUGGUGCUAUAUGUAUGGCUCCAACUACGAUCAAGAACCAGGUUGAUGUAAUCAUUAAACUUUGGAAAAAUGGGUUUACAGUAAAUGACGGUGAGCUUAGGAGCUACACUGAUGUUGCAAACCAGCAGUUCUUGGACUCCAUUAAAAAAGGGGAACUGCCUUUUGAGCUACGAAAAGUUUUUGAUAAGGAGGAGGUAGAUGUGAAAGUGGAAGAUAAAAAAGAUAAGGUGUGUUUGUCAUCAAAAAAGCCAAUCUUUCAUCCCUUUUCUGGACACGGUUACAGAUUAGGAAGUGCUACUCCAAGGAUAAUCUCUAAAGUAAGAGAUGAUCAUCAAGGACCUGACAACAAAAGACACCUGCCUUUAGUACCCUUAAAUGGUCUGGAGCCUAUCACUAACAUCCAGAUCUGGUUAGCUGAUGGGGAAAGGAUAAUUCAGAAAUUCAAUGUUUCUCAUAGAAUAAGCCAUGUCAGAGACUUCAUAACAAAGUAUCAAGGAUCAGAGGGAAGUGUUCCCUUCACACUGACUACUUCGCUGCCGUUUCGAGAGCUGCGAGACGAGACACUCACGCUAGAGGAAGCAAAGUUGCAAAACGCUGUUGUUGUUCAGAGGCUUCGGAAAACAACUGAACCUUUCAGACUCUUAGUGAUAAAAGCACCUGACAAUGACUAUAAAACUGAUGCUACAUCUAAUGGACAGCUCAAGAAUGAGCAAAAAAAUGCCAUCAAAAGUACAAGAUCAAAUUAGCUUUUAACUGGCCAAAAUCUACAUACAGGUGCAACUAGACAAAACCAAAAAUGUAACCAGCAAUACCUGGAUGCACUCUCAUCCUCACAUACUGUGCUCUUAGAGAGCAAAAUGUGUGCUGUGCUAUCUGCUAUAAUAGAAGUAUUUUCAACUAAAUUUGGUGGUCAGAGCCUGGCUAUAUAACGUAGCAGAGGUAACUGUACAACAGGUCAUCCUUAGAAUUUCCUUAGGUAGAAAGCUUCUCAGUUCUUUAAUGAGUGUAUUUAGGCGGAACAGUUCUCUGAGACUUAAUUACUACUGAUAGCACCUUUUAAGGAAAGAUAGUAUUUAUUUUUGCACUUUGGACUAAAGUGAAACUGAACUGAUUAGUUUCACUUACAUUUCGGUGUAAGCUGCUGCAGUUUGCAUUCUUCUCACAGUAAUUUUUAGGCAACAGAUGCUGCAGGGAAGCUCACGUUUGAACUUUUAACUAACUUGAAAAUCUUCAGUAUCAGUAUCUUCAGGAUUUAACUUAUUACAAGAUCUGCAGUGUAAUGUUCUAUCAAGUCUUCACAUGGUGGUAGGUGCAUGUGUGAGAAGAUAGAAAUGAGGUAGUCUGGUGCAUACUGCAUAUGAAGUGCCUCAAGAUAAGCUCUGAAGGAAUUGUUAUUACCAAUGGUUGAAGUGGUUUCUGCCUCUCUUGUGCUGCUACGGGUGUCUUACAGUUAGGGUGACGUUAAACUACCUAGCUCAUUAGGAUAGCGAUCCACUUUUAGCCUUGUCACACACAAACUUCAGCUUUUCUGGAGAUUACCGUACAGGAAUAGUGACUUAGAGGGACACAGUUGUUUUUGUACUAUAUAUCUGCCUCUCUUGAACUGGCCAGCUGAUGGCAUGUGGCCAAGUUUCAAAGAUGUUGAAAAUCCUUAUUUGAAAACUGAGGUUUCUUUCCCCCUCUGCCCCAUUUCCAUCUAAACCUUUUAUUUUGCUAUUCAACUAUUCCAUGUUUUGCUAAGGGAGACAUCAACAUAAAGACUAAAUAUUUUGUACUGUGUUUGCUAAGUAGCAUGUGGGUUUGUGAACGGAACUAGAGUCUCUAGGUAAGACUUAUCCUGGGGCCUUCAAUGAGUGCUGACUAGUUUGUGCUACCUACGCAAAUGGAUGAUUGUUGGGGUUGUACUUCUUUUGCAUGGUUAAAUGAAAGAUGGGUUUGGGAUUUCCUGGUUUUGUUCUAAAUAGAAAAUGACUUAAUUGGAGUGACUUGAA